CAACGCACCACUUGCUUUUUCCUCCAAAGUAUGUUAUAUUAAGUUUCGGGAAUCUUCGAGUGUUGGUGUGGCCCAGCAUCUAACAAACACGGUUUUUAUUGACAGAGCUCUGAUAGUUGUGCCCUGUGCAGAAGAUGACUAGACUGGCCAAGGCAGACCUGUUACACUUGCCUGAGUUAGGCCUUGUUUGCCAUGCCACUAUACCUGCCGCCAAGUGACAACUUCAUGGGGGAAAUGAGAGCGAAGGCUGGCCUGCAGAAGACGGACGCCCUGUCUCUGUUUUUAUUAUUUUUAUUUUGUUUCUUUUUUUCUAAUUUUGUCCCUUUUUUCCUUUACUUCUUUCAUUUCUACUUGUGAACUGGUUUUUCAGUUCUGUAAAUUUGGUGUUCUGUUAUAAGGGUUCAUGAUUCAUUUGAAACUUGAUUCUGUGAAACUGCUCAUAGAUGAGAAUUCUGUCAGCGAAGCAUUCUUAGUCAAGGCUAAGUACCAUCUUGGAGCUGACUUAGUAAUCAGUCUGAAUGCAAUGGAAAUAAUUUCCAUUGAAAUAAAUUGGUAUAACUUCUAAAUAGACCACGUUGGGAUUGGGUUGUUCAACAAGUGAAGUACUAAAUUUGGUUCUGUAGAUAUGUGGAUUCCCCCUGCCCCCCGGACUACACUUUUCCUGAAAUGUUUUUGUCGCUUCCUUUCUUGACACCCUCCCCCACCCCAUCCCUGGAACCUCUGACUCUUACACGGAAAGCCAUAGACCUUAGCAAGUCAGCACCAUUCUCUAGAUAGACAGUGGGGCCAUCAUUUGUGAGAUGUCCUCUCGUGCAGCUGCAAUAUGCAUGUGCAUAUUGCAAUGAUGUGGGAGAUCAUCAAAAGGAAGAGGCUCCCUUGGUAACUGGAUAAGAAUGAGCAGGAAGCCAUUGUUGUUUCCAGCUGUGUCUUUGACCAAAGUAGAAAAUAGUUUAAACAUUCAGGUUUCUGAAAUAAAAAACUGGAGAGCACUCAAAUCUCUGUAAACGGACUAUGAAGUAUUGACCAGUGUUUGUUUUGUAUACUGUCUUCUCUUUGCUGUAGCAAUCUGUAGGAAGAUGGAACCCGCCAUUUAUUUGUCUCGUGAACCUUGACAUAUGAUUACGGCAUACUUUCUUAGUGAUGCAGCCAACACGAACGGUUGUCAUGUGUAACACAACUUUCGAUCACCGUGAAAACAGCGUCCUGCGAAAGCGUCCAUGCUUGAUAUCGUUUGGUUCAUGAACAUUAAGUUUCCAGUACAGGUAAAAUUCCAGAUGAAGCCAAAGCCCUCUCUCUCUUGGCACCUGCCCCUACAAUUACAACCCUGAUGUCUGGUGGAGGAUUGCUUCCUAUUCCAACACAAAGUCAUUUGAGUCAGCUCAGUGUUUCCCUUAGCCCCCUGGGAGCUAUACCUGCAGCAGCACUGGACCAUAACAUUACAGCCAUUGGAGACAUACCCCAGCCACCCAUUAUGGGCAAUGUGGAUCCUUCCAAGAUUGAUGAAAUUAGGAGAACUGUGUACGUUGGAAACUUGAACUCGCAGACUACUACAGCUGAUCAACUGCUUGAGUUUUUUAAGCAAGUUGGAGAAGUCAAGUUUGUACGGAUGGCCGGAGACGAGACUCAGCCAACACGCUUUGCAUUUGUGGAAUUUGCUGACCAAAAUUCUGUACCUCGAGCCCUUGCCUUUAAUGGUGUUGUGUUUGGAGACAGGCCACUGAAAAUUAACCACUCCAAUAAUGCAAUAGUGAAGCCUCCUGAAAUGACAGCACAAGCUGCUGCUAAGGAGCUGGAAGAAGUGAUGAAGAGAGUGCGGGAAGCUCAGUCUUUUAUAUCUGCAGCCAUUGAACCAGAGUCUGGAAAGAGCAGUGAAAGAAAAGAUGGUCGAUCGCGCUCCCAUUCACGUUCAGAAUCCAGGUCUAGUUCAAAAUCUCGAAGGAAAAGAUCGUGCUCAAAUCGCAGGACUAGAUCCCGUGACAGAUCACGCUCAAGUCAGAAGGAGAGGCGCCGCUCCAGAACCCCGACCAGAAAGCGUUCAAAAUCUAAAGAACGACGAAGAUCCAGAAGCCGUUCCCGUUCUCGAGAGAAGAAGAAAGAGAAGGAGAAAAUGAGAGAAAAGGAAAAGAUCAGAGAGAAAGACCGAGAUAAGGAAAAAGAGAAGGAUCGGGAGAGGGACAAAGACAAAGAAAGAAGCAGAGACAAGGAUAGGAGCAGAGAUCGAGAGCGAGACAAGGAAAAAACCAAAGAUAGAGACAAGGACCGUGCAAAAGAGAAAGACAAGGAUAGAGAGAAGGAAAAGGACAGGGUUAGAGAGAAGGAACGGGAAAAAGACAAGGAGAAAGUUUUAGCUGCAGAAAAAGACAAGCUAGAGGACCUCGAAAAAGAAGGUGGAAAAGAUAAAGAGAGGGAGAUGGAAAAAGACAAAGACAAGGAGAAAGAUGGCAGUGAACAAGUAAAAGAAAAAGAGGAGGAAAAAGGAAAGGCUCAGGAGAAAGACAAAGUUGAGGGGAAAAUCAGUGAAAAAGAGAAGGAUAAGGAGGGAGAGAAGGAGAAAGAGAAGACAAGAGAAAAGGAGAGGGAAAGAGAGAGAGAUGACAGAAGAAAGAAGGAGAAGAGAUCAAAGACCCCUCCCAGAAGCUAUAGUUCAUCAAGAAGGUCACGCAGUUCCAGCAGGGACAGACGAAAGAGGAAAAGCCGAAGUCCCUCAAAGUCUCCAAGACCAUCCAAAGCCACGAAAAGGAAAUCUUCACGGUCACCAUCUCCAAGGAGAAACAAGAAAGACAAAAAGCGAGAACGAGACUCAAGUAACGACAGAAGAGAGAGGGAGCGCUCUAUAUCCAAGAAGAAGAGCAGCAAAGACAAAGAUGUUAAAGAAAAGUCUGAGAAAACCACAACGUUGAAGGAUAAAGAUCUGAGUAAAGAGAAUCAGAAUUCUGAAACUGUCAAAGCCGAGGAGGAGAAUACAGAAGUAGCGGAAGAAGUCAAUCUACAGCAGAACGGGAACUGUCAACCAAAUGAAGAAAACCUCUCGGUUAAAACAGAGGACGUAUAAAGUAUUGACUGGACCUCUGACCCAUCUGUGGAAGGAAAUGCAAAGAUUUUUCUGUCCCCACCCCAGUGUCCCAAAUGAAGAGAAACAAUACCGAGCAAUCAAAUCGGACACGUCCUGUUGUGCUACCAGUUCUUCCAGUUUUUCUGAUGGGCUGGCAGUCUUUGAAGACAAGCGAGAAGCAGCAGUGACUAAUAUCAUAUGUUGUGACAAAAGCCAGUGGUUUCACAUCUGGUCAUUUGUAGGAGUUCUUGUGUUUCUAUGGCGAGAAGAUUGGCUGUCAGCUGUUACAAAUAAGUGGAAGUCUGUAAUCUGCUGGUGUUGCACUGGACGUUGAUAAAAUAUUGGUAGCUUAAUAAAUUUCAUGUUUCACUUUGUGGGUUUUUAAACCAAACUCCAUGUGACCUGUUUUGAUAACGUGCUUGAAAAUGGUGCAGAAACACACAUGCUUCCUUUAUCGUUGUAAAUGACAGUGCUGAACAGUUUUAAUCUAACACCACAGUUUUACAGUUAUUGUGUUCAUGCCCACAAAAGCUAGCAGCGAUUCUUUCCUUUUGUUGCUUGUGACUUUUUUCUUUUUUUAUAUUUUAAGAAACUUCUUUACAAAUCGAUCGAAAGUCUUUCUCUUACUAGUAGUCAGUCAAUGCAUGCUAAUGUUCUGAUUCUAGAAAGAACGGCCAUUUUAAUACUGGAUUUCCAUUCUUCCAGCUAUAAGCACAUCUGUGUAGUAAUCUCUGAACAACUGGUUUUUGUUUUUUUGAACUGCAGUGCAGCGUGCUCAGCACAUGCAGAUAGGACAGAUACCUGUGAUGAAAAAUAAAUGUUUGCUUUCAAACUGAGACAUGAGAGCACAAGCUGACGUUUUAGUGCCUUCUUUGAAACGCAGAGUCCUGAUUUCAGGAAAUGUGCGCUUUGUAAUCCCGUCUUUCUUUGAAUCCUUCUUGAUUGUCUGGAUCAGAAUUUGAGAGGUCUGUCAGCCUUUUCAAUCCUUGGGUUGGUUGGUCAGUAGUACGUUGAUUUGUUUUAAGUGGGGAAAAUGGCGCAGUGGAAAUCAAUGUUCAAGGGUACUUGUAAGAUAGGCACAAUUCAGUUGUUCUAUACAUUGCUGUACUGUAUGCCGCUUCAGUAUGCCAAGUCAGUGAGCUAAAGAGUUCUGAAUAAAAGUAUUUCAUCUUACCUGGGCUGUGGAUUGGAAAGAAUAUCUAACGUUACUGCCAAAGGUGCCCUUUGCAUUUGUCGUAAUUUGAACACCCCUAACAUUUUUAAUAAUCUCUGGUACCCGUUGUUUAACAGGAUGGGAAUGGAACAGAGUCCAUUUUGCUUGUUGGGAAACGUCCCUUCCGAGAACAGCACGUGGGUAGAUGCAACCCUCUCGCUUUCAUUUUUUGGAAGAGCGGUGUCAGAAAGACCCCAGCCUUACACGAAAAUCAAGACCUGUAUUUGAAAACAAUAUAAUCACAUUGCCUUACUUCACAGGAAAUAAUUAUUUCAAUCUUAACAAAGGCCAAGUAGCAUAAAUGACUUGUUUUCAAUCUGUGAUUUCCCAAUUAAAAUAGUUCUAGAAAUGUAAACAUUUUAUGGUGAAAGGACAAAUGAAAGUUGAGUGAUAAGACAAUAAAACCUAGGUUUAUUGUGUCGCGGCUUUAAUUGCCCCCUUUAUUGUGAUCUAAGGGUGUGUCCUCUUCCUCCUUUGGCCUUUAUGUACAUUAAAACUUUUGUGAAUGCUUUACCAUGUAAAGUAAGGACAGUCAUUUUUGUGAUGUUUAAGCCACAUGCAGUUGGCUGGCAAACAGCUUAUUCUGGUUAUAGAGGAAUGACAAAUCUACGAAAGACUGUGAAAGAUUGUGUCCUGGAACAGCAGCUGUCAUAUUUAUGAUGUGUAAGUAGAAUAGAGCAAAGAAUGUAUACUUGUUAUCUUUGGUACCAUUUCACUAAUAAAAUUAAGUAUUUUAGAGGGAA